GCCGUUCGGUUGCAAACGCCAGCUAACGUUCGCGUUCCCAAAACAAAAAUUUGUUUGUUUCUGAGUUUUAUUUCUCGGUUGAAUUGAUUUUUUAUUGUGGUAUUUUGUUUCAUGCCCGUCUAACGCAUUUUCGUGGCAUCGAAUUUAUCGAAUUUUUUUCCCCAAUACCAAAUCAUAGAGAAAACUGACAAACAAACAAAUAUCUCGGUUUCUCCAAUUCGAGGAUUUGUUGCUAAAACAGGUCUUAAGAAUCACCAACCAACACCAACAACAAUAAACGACGACGACCAUAACGACCAAGUGAAAAAAAAGAAACAAAAUUUAAGCAAAAAUAUUUAAAUAAUCAAGCCGAAAGUUGAACCAAAACAAAAUAGAAGUGCUCGAUAAACCUAGAAAUAAAAAAAAAAACAAAAACAAAAGUGGAUACGAACUGCCUUUCUAUGCUAUAUCCCAGCAGAAGGUUUAUUUAAAGUAGCUCUCUAAGAACAAUAUAAACACCAAACCGAAAGAGAGAAAAAAGGCAGUCAUAGUGGUAGCUAAUCAACAAAAGAGAAUUGCUUGUGUGUGUCCAUUAAAUAUGAUGUCGGCCUUUAAGGCCAAAGUUGUAAUGAAAGCACAUGGUGGCAUAAACACUCACAAUAGUCUUGAAAGUAAUAUGGUGAAUAAGAACAGGUUCUUGUCAACAGCCAACAAGAACAGCAGCAGCAAUAUCUCCGCCAACACCACCAUCAACGAAAACAGCCACACCAAUAAACAACGUCCAGAACAUGUAAUGCAAGCUGCGGCAUCAUUAUCUUCUUCGUCUUCGUCAUCAUCAUCAGCAAUAGCCUCGUCAUUAUUACAAUCGAUAACAAUGGCAGCCACAACAACUUCAUCAUCACCAUCUUCUUUGUGUGCAUCGCUGCUGCCCAUGCGCUUGCUGCGCUCAUCGCUGUCAUCAUCUGUGACCAUUGCUCUUCUAUUGAUUGUUUGCAUUCUAAGCGAACAUGCCGCGGUCGCUGUGACCACCGGCGCUGUUCGACCUGGUACCGGCAAUCCCUCGGCACGUUUACCACGCACCAGUGCUAGCCAACUGAAUAGCGGUAAUACAACCAGCAACAGUAAUGCCUACAAGUUGGCUGCAAAAUCAUUGAACACCAACACCAGCAGUCGCAAUGGCAAUUUACGCACAAGGGAACAGCAACUGUUAAACAUCUUCGAAGUCAUCAUCAACACUUUGGAGGGUAAGCUGAAGCGAAUAGAUAAUCUAGACAAGUCCGUGGAGCAUAUGAUGCGCCGUAUGGAGAUCUUGGACAACCGCGUAUCGGAUAACUUAAUUAAAACCGAUUCAGUGAUAUCCAAACUACGCUCAUUGGAUGUAAAAAUCUCCAAUGAUAUCCUAGAUUCUGCUUCAGCAGCAACCGCGGCCAUAGCUGAGAAUACCAAUACACGAGGAGCAACGAUCAAUGGACGCUCGGCACGCACUUCAACAGCAUCAUCGACCAUACAGCUGGACAGCCGACUGGUAUUGUUGGAUCAGAAAGUCAGUGACAUUGAUUCCAAACUGGAGGGCUUGAAAAAUCAAAUCGACAAUAAUCUGUUGCAGGUGGACGAAUUCAAUGCGGAGGCCAGCGAGAAAAAGCCCAUUAGCAUGAAUGUCAUAGAGAUCACUAAGGCCAUGAAUGCCGAGGUCAUGUCCCAUGUCUCCAAUGAAUUGAGCGAACUAAGAGACACCACAGGCAAUAUAGACAAAAAGUUACAAUUCCACAUCAAUAUCGUCUCGGAAAAUGUGGGACGUAUGCUGCGUAUGGUGGGCGAUAUACAUGAGGCCGUGGUGGAUCAUCAUGCUGACUAUAAUAACAUCAAUGCCACCACCACAGCCAUGCCUUUGAUUAAGUCGAGCAAAAUUGAUGCUUUGGUUAAGCAAAUUCGACCCAUGGUUUCGGUUUCAGAGAAAAUGGACGAAGUAUGGGAUGUAGUUGUGGGUACGAAAUCUUCGGUAGAUCAUCUCUUGCCCAAAUCGGAUGCCUUGCUUACACAAACACAGCGCCAAGAGAGAGCCAUUGGAGAAAUUCAUCAGGAUUUGAAGACAAAAACCAAUUUGAUUAUCAACAAUUUGGAUAUGGUAGAGAAACGUUUAAAGAAACAAGAAGAUGAUGUUCAAUUGCUGGCCCAGAGACCAGUGCCAGCUGAGUUGUUAAUGGAUCCAACAAUAGAUCGUUUGGUGGAAUAUGAUCCAAAUAGAUACUCCGUCAUAGAAGAUUUUCCCGUACAAAGUAGUAGUACCACAACAACAACAACAUCAACAGUUCAAACAACACCCUCAACUGCUUCGUUAGCAGCAACAACACCAACACCUCCCUCAACACUCUCUACUACUUCCCUAAACCAAGCAGCCAUGCCCCCAUCCCCUUCGUCCUCGUCCACUACAUCGUAUACUAGUGCACCAAACACAGUAGUGUUGGCCUCCUCCUCCUAUAGCUCCUCGGGUACUUUCGCUUCCACCACCCCCUUACCCACAACAAUUGCUGCAGGUGUUAAUUCUAAUCAAACUACUUCAUCAUCUGCAUCUGCAUCAUCAUCGACAACGUCUUCUUCUUCGUCAUCGUCAUCUUCGACCUCUUCCUCCGGCAGCUCGUCAUCAUCCUCAUCGUCCACAGCCUCGCAAUUGACUUCGUCCUCAUCUAAGCCGGUCUCACGUAAAGGUGGCAUCAUUUUUCCCAGUGUUAAAAAUAAACCUUCGGUGGUUAAUAACACAUUCACCACGGAUAUAUUGGCUUUAAAGGAUGUAAAGGGUUUCUCGUGCGUUGAUUUAUUGAACGCUGGCAUGAAACAAUCCGGUGUCUUCUAUUUGCAAAUCCGUGGCACCACCUACUGGUUUUUGAAGGUAUUCUGCGAACAGGAAAUUUCCGAUGGCGGCUGGACGGUCAUUCAACGACGUGAUGAUUUUGGCGAACCUCGAGAAAAUUUCAAUCGUGAUUGGGCUGAUUACAAAAAUGGAUUUGGUGAUCCGGGCAAAGAAUUCUGGCUAGGCAAUGAGAACAUCUAUAUGUUGACCAACAAUGAGGAUUACACAUUAAGAGUGGAGUUGGAAGAUUUUGAAGGCAACAAAAGGUAUGCUCAAUAUGCCCACUUCAAAAUACAUUCGGAAGCUGAUUACUACAAACUGGAAAUCGAUGGUUAUGAGGGUAAUGCCGGUGACUCGUUAAAUGAUCCUUGGUAUGGUUCGAACAAUAGUCCAUUCUCAACGUAUAAUCGUGAUAAUGAUCGAUCAUCGCUGAAUUGUGCCAGUAUGUUAAAGGGCGGCUGGUGGUGGAAGUCAUGCGGUCGAGGUCUUAAUGGUUUGUAUUUGCACGAUCCCCAAGAUUUAACUGCACGUCAAGGUAUUGUUUGGUUCCGCUGGCGAGGCUGGGAUUACACACUAAAGAAAGCCACCAUGAUGAUAAGGCCACGUGGUCCCCAGCCUAUGGGCUCUAAUUCGGCCUCAUCAUCGGCAGGAUCCUCAUCUUCAUCGGGGACAUCAUAAAGGUGGUCCAUAAACACGCUUGCUUGCCUGUCUUAUCUCUAACAUACUGCAUUACCAUACUCAACUUUUUGUUUGGUUGUUGAGAAUCAUUUUGGAAAUGAUAAGCAACUUUCAUAAUAUUUUGUAAAAAAAAUUGUUUUUUCCUCGAACCAUACAAGCAAAUCAUAAUCUGGAGAAAAAAAAACACAAAAACAUUUUUUAGGUUAAACCAACAACAACAAACGAGUCCAGAAACAUUGCCCUAAAUUUCAAACCAAUCACCCCCUCCCAAAAUCCAUGAGAUAAAUUUGAACUACAAUUGCAAUUGGAAGCAGUUGUUUGUUUUAUAGCGAAUUAUAUUUUUUAAAUGUUCAUUAUGUUCUUUUUUAUUUUGUUUUUUUUUUUCAUUAUUUUUUUUUUCGUUUAUAAAUUUUAAUUUGUUAUGUUUUAAAGUUUAUUAACUUAUUAUAUCAUUUUUUACAUAUGUACAUGUAUACACUACAUAUAUCCCCAUACGCUCGCACACACAUAUACACACAUUUACACACUCGUAAAUAUACAUAUAUACUAUACAUUCAACAAACCGAGUUAUAUACAACAAAAAUGCUUUAUACCUUUUUUCAAAACGUAAAUAUCAAAUAUAGAUGGGACUACAAAUUUAUUAUAACGUUAUGGAUAAACAUUUCUAUGAGCAUAUAUUCUUUAUAUUGUAUUUUUGUAGCAAAUUAUUCAUAUAGUACAAACAAACGCCGUAUUAUCUAAAAGCCGUGAAAUAUCUAAAUCACUACAAAAAAGUGUAGCAUACCUUAAGGAGUUUCAGAAAAUUAUUUAAAGCUACAAAUCAAGAUAUAGCAAAAUUAGCAAAGACAGAUCCUUUUAAAAAGCCUAAUACACUUCAAAGAAACUUAAAGUAUAAUUCCUUUCUCACAGCUUCUUCAGAAAUCGUUACUUGCUUUGCAUGGUUUCAAAUCAGACUGUGCCUAUCAUGACGGAGGAAAUGAGUGAGAUUUCUGUACUAGCCACCAACAGCAAAGUGGCAGACCUCCUCAAGUUUAGAUUGGACCACAUCGUCUUGGACAAUUCGGAGCCACAAAUUUGUGAACAUCUACCACCCAUUGGCGUUUGGAUCCUAUCUCGUUUAAUCAAGUCACAUGUUGGUAAGGGCAUUCCACACAGAUUCCUGUUCCUAGUCUAGCCAGAUCAUCUGCUCUACAAUUCCCAAGCAUUUCUUUGUGACCCGGUAUCCAGAACCCAUCUCGUAGGGAUAUCUACAACAAACGGGUUCGAAUUCAGAAGAUUUAAUAGCUUCCUAGCUGUCGGAGAAAAUAUUUAUGUCAAUUGUCAUAAGACAUUAUAUCUUAGACAUUCGAUGUUUGUACCCUCCACCAUAGGAUGGAGGUAUACUAAUUUCGUCAUUAUGUUUGUAACACCUCAAAAUAUGCGUCUAAGACCCCAUAAAAUAUAUAUAUUUUUGAUCGUCGUGGCAUUUUAAGUCGAACUAGCCACGUCCGUCCGUCCAUCUAUCUGUCGAAAGUACGCUAACUUUUAAAGGAGUAAAGCUAGCCGCUUGAAAUUUUGCACUUCUUAUUAGUGAAGGUCGGUUGGGAUUGUAAAUGGGCCAAAUCGGUCCAUGUUUUGAUAUAGCUGCCAUAUAAACCGAUCUUGGGUCUUGACUUCUUGAGCCUCUAAAGGGCGCAAUACUCGUAAUGUUUAGGUAUCACUUCCAACAACUGUGCUAAGUAUAGUUCAAAUCAAUCUAUAGCUGGAUACAGCUCCCGUAUAAACCGAUCUCCUCAUUUUGCUUCUUGAGCCCCUACAAAGCGCAAUUCUUAUCCGAAUGAACUGAAAUAUUAUACAAUGACUUCUACAAUGUACAGUCCUUAUUCAUUCUUCUUGUUUGCCUAAAAAGAGAAACUGCGCAAAUGUGCCUUAGAAAUUCUUGUUGUGUUUUUUUUUUUGCACCUGGCAGCCAUUUGUCUGUUGCUCUAAUGACUUUUGCCAUUGAACUGACAGUUCUACUUAUGGGAGUUGUUGUUUUCGCACAUUUAAUGCCUAUUUUGGGACCGAUAUUUUUUACCGCGUAAAUAUUACCUUCGAAAUUCUGGUUGUGUUUUCUUCCACCUGACUGCCAUUUGUCCGUUGUUCUAAUGACUUUUGCCAUUAGACUGACAUUUCUACUUAUGGGAGUUGUUGUUUUCACACAUUUAAAUACUUACUUUGGGGUGGAUAUUUCUUUAUCGCGAAAAUAUUACCAAGCAAAGUAUGUGCCUUAGAAAUCUUGUUGUGUUUUCUUAGACCUGGCAGCCAUUUUUCUGAUACUCUAAUGAUGUUUGCCAUUGGACUGACUGUUCUAUGCUCAGUCAAAAAAAAAAUGAAAAAAUUGUGUGUGUGAGAAUGUUUCUAUAUCAGUAAUGAGCACACAAUUUUAAUUAUUUGCAAACCCAUGGCCAUUCUUCUCUCUGUCCGUUGUGUACGUUCUUUCAGUCUGUCUGAACAUCUGUCUGCCCUACAAUUUGACUUCUAAAAUAUAAUGUUUAUCAGAUUAUGUUGACAUUUGGUAUGUAGUACUUGGAUAAGCCCCUUUUAGCAUAUCCACUAUUGACGUAGUAUAGUCAAUAGUUUAAAACCUCUAUAAACUAAUUUGAUGCCUUGGACCUCUGGGAAUACCAUUUAAUCAAUCGAAAGCAGGAGUUUUUAUUUGUUGCAAAACAGUUAUAAUAGCUUUUUCCAGUCCAAUGACAAAAGUCAUUAGAACAACAAACAAAUGGCUGUCAGGUACAAGAAUAUCUAAGGUAAUAUUUACGCGAUAAAGAUAUAUUCAUCCCAAAUUAAGUAUUUAAAUGUGCGAAAGCAACAACUCCCAUAAGUAUAACUAGUAUAACUGUCGGUCCAAUGACUAAAGUCAACAAGAAAAAAUACAACAAGAAUUUCUAAGGCACAUACAUUGUUUGGUAAUAUUUGCACGAUAAAGAAAUGUCUAUCAUAUAAGAGGUAUUUAAAUGUGCGAAAACAACAACUCCUAUCAGUAAUUUUUUGUUUUAUAAAUAAAUCCAUAGUAUAGUUGUGCGAAAAUGGAAAAUUAAUUAAUAAAUAAUGAAGAACUGGUUGGGGCAUACUCUACAGAACUGAAACUCAGCAUAUCGAGAAGGUAACCCAAUUGCUGCAGAAUGUAGCGGUGUUCCAUGCAAUUAAAGAAAACAAGUAAGAGCGUACUAAGUUCGGCCGGGCCGAAUUUUAUAUUCCCUCCACCAUGGAUCGCAUUUGUCGAGCUCUUUGCGCAGUUUCUCUUUUUAAGCAAACAAAGAAUAAUGUAGAAGGGCUGUACAUUGUAGAAGUCAUUGUGUAAUAUUUCAGUCCAUUCGAAUAAGAAUUGAUUAGGAUGUGAUUUUAGAUCCAUGAUUUCUUCGGAGAAUUUUAUUUGGUUUACUUUUUGGCUAUACGUUUAAAAAGAGAAAAAAAUCGAUUCACCCUAAUGUACACAUAUACCCUAUCUUAUCGAAUUUUUUUUCAUUAAAACAAAAUCUUUUAAGUUUUCAUUUGUCGAUUUAUCCCAAUUUGAAUUUUCCUCAAAUAAUACUCGCAACAGUUCCAUCUAUAUUUUCACAAGAAAUCACACCACACCACCCGUUCAUACAAGCCACACAAAAUAUCAUUCGCUGCAUUCAUAAAUUAUUUUUUAAACAUAUUGUUAAUUGUUAAUGCAUACAUACUCGUAUUUUCUACAGCAUGCUUUUUUAUUCAAAAUUUUAUGUAUUUUUAUAUGCCAACCUGCCCCCCAUCCUUCCAUGCAAAACAUUUCCAAUGUAAAUAUUGUUCUCUCCUCUGCUGUUAUUAUCGUUUUUUUUUUACAAUAGAAAAUUGAAACCAAUUUUAAUUCAUUUGUCAUGAAUCGAUUGUGUUACUUAAAUGCUGAACUUUUGUAUAGUGAAAAUUUGUUUAUGCAUCCAUCCGUCCAUCCAUCCAUCCAUUUAAUCAUAGUGCCCAGCUAUAUAAUCAUAAAGCAUAAACAAUAAAACUAAAUAAUAAUGCUGAGAACAUCAUCAUCAACAACAACAACAACAAGAACAAAAACAUACAAUUAGUAGUAAAAUUUGUAUAAAAGAUUAAACAAAACAAAAACAAAAACCACAAACAAAUCUGUAAACAAAUUAGUAUUCUUAA